UCGAGUAAUAGCUACGAGUUCGCAAGUGUUCUCGUUCUGUUCGAGAGAAAAAGAACGUUUUUGAUUUAAAAAAAUAAAUAAAUAAAAAAGAUUCGUCAGAAGGUUUUUUUCUUCGUGAAAUAACAAAUGUUGACAAAUAACUUGAACGAAGGAAAUGCAAAGGUCGUUGCUUUGUUGGACGAGGAUCGAGCGAAACUGCUUAAAAUUAGACACUUGACGAAUAUUUUGAAGGAAACCGAUAAAAAUUUGACAACUUGCGAGGAGAUUUUGGCGACCUAUUUGCAGAAGAAAUUGCAGGACAAAAGAAGAGAUACGGAACGUCGUAAAGAGUUGGAAAGCAAAAUGACAGAAAUUCUUGAUAAUUUAAAAACGCGUUUGAUAGUAGAGUGAAAAUUGUACACGAUUAAACGCAUGUUCGAUUUUGAUUAAUGUACAUGCGGAGAAAUUCUAAAUAAAUACCAUUGAAAAUGA